GUGGCAGCGUGCAGCGCCCUCGUUCACAUGAAAGACCACAUGUUCUUUUUCUACCGGCUUUUCAAGAAGUGAAAAGUUCUUCUGUUGAAUUGUAAUUAAUUCGUAAAGAAAUUUGUAGGUUUAAAACAUUUCAUUCAAAUGGCAUCUGCAGAAUACCUGAGCAUGGAUGUUGCAGCACCAGCCGGAGAGGAAAAAACAGAAGUCACUGUUGAUGGCACUGAAAAGUCAAAGGAGGAUGCAAAGGAGGACAUGACUUCACGGGAUUACUAUUUUGAUUCUUAUGCUCACUUUGGCAUUCACGAAGAAAUGCUUAAAGAUGAAGUGAGGACAUUGACAUACAGGAAUUCAAUGUACCAUAAUAAACAUCUUUUUAAGGGAAAAGUUGUCUUGGAUAUCGGGUGUGGAACUGGCAUUCUUUCCAUGUUUGCCGCUAAAGCAGGAGCAUCUCGAGUCUUUGGCAUUGACUGCUCUGAUAUUGUUAAUCAGGCCACAGAGAUUGUUAAAGCAAAUCAUAUGGAAGAUGUAGUAUCCAUUAUCAAAGGCAAAGUGGAAGAAGUUGAACUCCCCGAAGGAAUUGAAAAGGUUGACAUCAUCAUUUCCGAAUGGAUGGGCUACUGCUUGUUUUAUGAAUCUAUGCUGGAAACCAUCUUGUACGCCCGCGAUAAGUGGUUGAAGCCCGAUGGUCUUCUCUUCCCUGAUCGAGCAAGCUUGUAUGUUUGUGCUAUUGAAGACCGGCAAUACAAGGAUGACAAGAUCAACUGGUGGGAUGAAGUUUAUGGCUUUAACAUGAGCUGCAUCCGCAAAGUCGCUAUUACUGAGCCCCUAGUUGACGUCGUCGAUCCUAAACAAGUUGUUUCUAACUCGUGUUUAUUGAAGGAAGUCGAUUUGUACACCGUCACGAAAGACGAAUUAGCUUUCAGUUCACCAUUUUCUCUCCAGCUUCGCCGUAAUGAUUACGUUCAUGCAUUGGUGACUUUCUUCACAAUUGAGUUUACUAAAUGCCAUAAAAGGAUGGGAUUUAGCACCGCACCAGAUGCUCCCUACACGCACUGGAAGCAGACCGUGUUCUAUCUCGAUGACUAUCUUACAGUUAAACGGAAUGAAGAGAUCUUUGGUGUUUUCGGUAUGAAACCAAAUGCGAAGAAUAACCGCGACCUCGACUUCAACAUCGAGUUAAAUUUCACUGGUGAACUGUGCACACUCCAAGAGAACAAUGUUUAUCGCAUGCGCUAAAUUCUGUAAGAGGGGAUAAGCCCAGGUGCGUGACUUUUGCAAACAUUCAGUCAAAAAACAUGAAUUGUUAAAAUGUUGGUUGGGUGGCUAAUCUUUUACUUGUCUGGAAAGUAUAUACUUCUGUCACCUAAUUUAUUAGUAUACCAUCACGCGCAAUAGUUUUCCACCAUUCUAAUCUCUAGAAACAUUUUAAAUUACGUUCGCUUAUCCCAAUCAGUGGAAAACUAAUUGUGUUAAAACCUACAUGUAAUUCAUUCGCGCGGCAAACUCAUGAAAAAAAAAAUAAAGCCAUUUUCUUUUUA